AUGCAGAGACGAACCGACCUCGGCCGCAAAGCCCCCGAACUGCAAGCCUGCGGCCGCCGGGACAACACGGCACCCGGCUGGGAAGGGUCCCUACUGCGGGGCGUCCCUGCGCCGCCCCCGCAGCCCGCCCGCGCCGGGCGGAGGGAGGGGCGGGACUCCUGGUUGCCGGGCAACGGCGUCAACAGCCCCCAGAGAGCCCCGGCAGAGGGGUUCCCACCCGAGAAGGCACAAGGCAGAAGGAUGCAGCCGCCGCCGAAAGAAGCCGGGCGCCAGGGCGCGCCAGGCGCAAGGCCCGGGAAGCAGCGCUCCAAGGGGGCGCCCGCGGCGGAGCCCCCCAAGCCGGGCUGGACCCUGACACCGGAGAGGUUGGCGGCCAUGCUCCCCGCGCAGCGCCACCGCCACCUGCUCUUCGGCGACCUGCUGGAGGACGUGGGCGCAGCCGCCUCCAUCUUCCCGCGCGAGUCGGCGGAGCUGCGGUACCGCAUGCCCGACCCGCGCGUGUGGGCCCAGUCGCUCGAGCGGCCGGCCGAGCGCCAGAACCGGCUCCUCGGGGUACUCAAGGCGGCGGAAGCCCGCGGGCGAGUCCGCGCCCUGCGGCUGCGCUACACCCGCAUGCGGGAGCAGGAGACCGCGUUCCUCAUCCAGCGGCAGAAGUCCGCGCUCGCCGCCAUCCGGCUCGAGCUGUUUCUCUCGCCGCAGCUAAAGCCCGCGCGGAUCCCGGACCCCCUGGACCGCCAGGAGCGGAGGCGCGUGGAGACCAUCCUGGAGGAGAGCGAGGGGGGCACCUUCCCGCGGUGACGGCGACCUGGAGUGUGCACCCGCGCCCCACCCUUCCGCAUAAAGUUCUCGUUCUCCGUCCCCCGAGCCUCUCUGGUCUUUCUGCUUCCCCUCCCCAGGACCAGCCCCGGAGGCAAGGAGGAGUAUGGACGCUCUUCUCCCACGUCCAGCCUCGCGGACGUCAGGGUACAGGGAGCGGGGCUCUCUCAACCAAGUAGGAGAUGCAAGUGGGCGGCUGUCACAGCGACACUCUAUUCCUCCAAACCGGCCUGCCCCCAUCAGGCAACCUGG